AUGGGUUUAAAGAAGUCCAAUACGUCUUUAUACAAGGCUGAUCCAGCUCACCCUAAACUGUCUGAGGUUAAUUCUGUCUCAAGUUCACCAGCAAGGAGCUUAGAAGAACUGAGUGUAGCUGAUUCCAACGAGGGAAAGGAUUCUCUUCAAGUCAAUGAUAGCUCAGACUUGAACCCCGAGAAUAAGUCGAGAAGCCCCACAUUUUUUGACUCAAUGGUGCCAGCUUUCCUGCAUAGGAAAACUGUAGUUACUACAAAUGGUUCCACAUCGAACUCUGGAUCAGACGCGGCCACUUUCAGCAAGAGCACAUUUGCCAAUGGCUACCAUUCUUCAGAUUUAUUUGCAGACUCGAAAUAUCACUAUGCAUCAGACAAAAGAGAUGAGGCAUUCCAUGCUAUUUUCAGGUCAAUUCCAAGCACUGAUAGACUAAUAGAUGAUUUCGGUUGUCUGAUGCACAAAUCACAUACUUAUAACGGUAGGAUUUACAUCUCCGAGAACCACCUGUCGUUCAACUCGUCCUUUGUGGACUGGAUGAACAAGGUUACUAUUCCCUUGGUUGAUAUCAAGCACAUUGAAAAGACCUUAUCAUCAUCAAUUGGAGGAACCAUAACACAAGCUAUCACUAUAGAGGGAGCAGACGACAGCAUCUAUGUGUUGACAGGAUUCAUCUCCACGGAUGUGACAUUUGAUAUACUAAUGACUGUUUGGUCAGAAAGAAAUAAGAUACAUCAGGACAAUACCAACGUGGUUGUCCCUAAGAUUGUACACCCAGAAAAGGUGGGAGCCGCCGAGGUCAAUGGAUUAAGUGCAAGUAAUCUGACCUCUAGAAGAUCAUCCACAUCAUCAUCACCGUUGCAAAAGCUUAUUGAUGGUCCAUUAUUUAUUGAUAACUCUGGAACGCUGAAACGUAGUUUCCAAAGGUUGUUGACUACUCCUGAUAAUGUAGGGAACCUUAACAAUAACGAUGAUAUCAUUAAUAAAGCUAUUCUCUCUAUUGAUGAAACUGAAUUAGUUACGGACAAUGUCAAUGAGUCCUCAGGUAGUUCGUCUGAUACUGAAGGAGAAGGUUCGGCGGAUUUUGUACAAGAUUACAAGAUUACCAAGGAACUGCGUGUUCAUAAACUUAAGCCAUCAUGUCCGAUAGUAUACAAUGGCCCAUUGUAUUUCAAGAAGACUGAAUUCGACUAUUCUCCGGAAGAUAAUGACGAACACGUUCUUAAGGAGAUUACGUUAGAUGCUCCCCCAGGUCUGGUAUUUGAAAUUAUUUUCAGUGAGACUGAGCCAUCAUUUCACAAUCAAUAUCUGAAAGAACUGGACUCUUCAAGUAUUUCUGAAUUUGGGUCUUUUGACAAAAUUGAAAAUGAGAGAGGCUUCACAUAUAUUAAAGCACUGAAUUACUCUGUUGGACCCAAGUCUACUAAAUGUGUUGUACUUGAGAAACUUAUAAGUAAAGACUAUAAAAAUGCAAUUAAUGUGGUUGUGGAAACAAAGACGCCCAAUGUCCCAAGCGGAAACAAUUUCUCCACAAAGACAAGGUAUAUGUUUAGAUGGAAUGAUGCUACAAGCUGUAGCAUGAAAAUAUCAUAUUGGGUAGAAUGGACAGGUUCAAGUUGGAUAAAAGGUAUGAUAGAAUCCUCCUGUAAAACAGGACAGAUUGAAGCAGCUGACGUGAUAGAAAAAUUGUUAAGAACAUAUUUGAAGGAGAAUUCUAUUGAUGAAGUCGUAACUCUUGCCGAAGAAACUGAAACAAAGGAAAAGCAAAAGUUAAAUGGCAAUGAUGGUGGUGCACCAAAGGAUGAAAAAACUACCUCAACUACAAAGAAAACCGAGAUAACUGUAAAAAAGACUCCUCCAACUGUGAAAUGGUUUACUUGGAUAUUAAUUGGUUUACUAGUUACAGUUAUUGUCCUACUACUAUUAAAUUUAACUGCCACCUUUUCCUUGCAAAAGAAAAUCGAUAAGCUAUUAAUACAUUCUAUAAGUUCUGAAGCAUUAAAGUCUUCACAUUUGCUUGAUGUUCCAGCUGGAAGAAAAAAUAUACUAGAAAGUAGUAACGGUUUUGAGAGAGAGCUUCUCCUUUUAUUAAAGGACUUCGCAAGACGCAGAGACGAUAUCCAGGACCUGAAUCCCGAAAUGAUAUCCAGAAUAUAUUCAAUAAUAAGAAACUGGAACGUUUGA